AUUUUUUUCGAUUUUUUAAAUUUUCGAAGAAUAUGACGAUUUCUUAAUCAAAGAAAUGAAAAAUAUUUCAAAUAAUAAUAUUCGAUGAUUUUUCAACCACACGACCACAGAUUGGUUGCCCUGAUAUGUUAUAUUAAGUUGAUAUAGUUCAAAAGCCGAAUGCAGUUAUAAUUGCGGCGGCACUGGGUCAAGAGCGUGAGAUUUUAUUCCACGUCUUGUAAGUCAGACAUGAGAAACCUGUUUUAUCUAGACGAUAAGAAAUUUAUUUGAUGCGACUCUUAAAAGUUCUUUACUAGUAGUCGAUCAACUCCGAAACGCUCACUUCAUAAGGUAAAAGAUGCCAAAAAACAAAGAACUAUUUUAUGUCCAAAGCAACGCUCUGAGUUCAAUUGUCAAAGUUUUCAACAAAACUGAGGAGUCAUUGGCCGAAGAUGUCCUAAGCUUAAAAAACUGGAUGAAAGAUCAGCAUCACCUUCCCGAAAUUUUAGAUGACAAAAGUGUGCAAAAUUUUCUAAUUCUAAAUAAAUGUAAUGUCGAAAAAGCAAAAGAAAAAAUAGACAUGUACUACACUUUUCGAAGUCAACGACCUGAUAUUGCCAGAAAUAUGAAUCCUCGUUGUUCAAACAUGAAAGAAGUGGGAAAAGUAAAGUACCAUGUACCCUUACCAAAAAUGACCAAGGAGAUGUACAGAGUAUUCGUGGAAAAAUACGCAUUUAAAGACAAACUGGAGCAAAUUGAUCCCUAUGACAUGCUUAAAGUGGGUCUCAACUUGUAUGAAAUUAGAUUGAAAGAAGAUAUAAUGUUUGGAGAUGUGUUCAUUUAUGACUUAGAAGGGAUGUCCGUACGUUUCUUGUCAAAACUAACACCAGCUUUUUUUUUCUCAUUCAUAACUUUGUAUAAGAAAAUAUAUUCUCUGCCAGUGAAGGGUGUGUACAUAAUUAAUACUGUUCCUUAUAUCAGCACAAUACUAGCUAUCGUUAAGGCUCUCGUCAAACCUAAAAUAUUCGAAAGGAUUCAUGUGAGUAAAGACGCGAAUAUUUUAAAGGAGCACUUUCCUUUAGAAAUGUUACCAAGGGAUUACGGUGGUACCGAAAAGUCGGUCGAAGAAUUGCAUGAAUUGUACCACCUUAAGCUUCAAGAAUAUCAAGACCGUUUCGAUCUCCUGGAUAAAUUGAGAGUGAAUGAGAGUUUAAGGCCAACCAAACUUGAAAAUGAAAAUGACGAAUUUUUGGGAUAUCAUGGCAAUUUUAGAAAGUUAGACAUUGACUAACGCUUAUUUUGCACUUCAUCGAAAGAUUGUUUUCCUUUCUUAGUCUGACAUCUACAGGUUGAGUAUUAUAAUUUAUAAUAACGGAACCCUGACCAAAUUUCAAUGCAACACAAAAUACGUAUCUCAUAUGUAACACUUUUUAUAUUUUAUUUUUCUGAAAUGUACAAACAUAGUUCCCUAGUAGUUAAUUUUGAGUUUCGCAAUAAUUCUAUUUGUCAAUUUUGAACCCCCAUAAGUUGAUAUCUAGCUGGCCACGGUGUAAAUUAUUAUUACAGAAUUUUCUUGAAAGCUUCACUUCAAAUAUACCUCGAACUUAAUGUAAUAAUUCCAGUUAUACUGCGAAUUUUGUAUACAAUGAAUCCCAGUGUAGUUAACCUUGAUGUAAUUAUAAUGUGCAAGCAUUCAACAAAACUGAAGAAGCUCUAACUCAAGAAAUCCAAAACUUGAAGAACUGGAUGAAAACUCAACAUCGCCUUUUCGAAAUUGUAAAUAAACAAUUCCAGAGACAAAGUGUCCCCCUAAUGCCAAUAGUUCGAUCAGGAUUUUAUUUUUUCUUUUAUUGAAGGACCGCUGUGACCAUUUUCGGCCUGAAUUUUUUAAUCGAGUGAAACGUUUUGUGCUUUUACAUAGCAACAGAGUUUAAAGCUUGCUUAUUUUAAUAAUUUUGACAAAUUUUGCUUAAUUCAGAUUCAACCUCGGGGUAGUUAACGAAACCGAAACCAGUUAUUCAAUAGAAGAAAAAAUAAAUAAAAUCCCUAACCCUUGGAUGAAAUUGGAUAAUAAUAAUCAGUGUUGCUAACAACAACUCAGGUCAGGUCAGAUCAGGUUGGUCUUCGUCAGGUUAUGCUAGGUCAAACUAAGAAAAGUAGUACUAUGUCAUAUCUCGUCAUAUCAGGUCAUGUAAGGUUAGGUUAGGAUUGCUCAGUGCAGGUUAGGUUAGGUCAGGUAAGGUCAGGUAAGGUCAGGUUUUUUUUUUAGAAAAAUCGAAUAUAUUAUGCUGUGCUUCAUACAAAUUUAUGUAUAUUUAAAUUGCUUUAUUGAUUGUUUAUCGCCAGAUGUUUGUAUAAUAAGAACAAUUUACGAAAAAUGUUUUGUUGAAUGAAAAAUCAUUAUAUUCGAAAAUUAGGUAUAACUAUAAAGCAUAAAGAUGUAUGGUGUCUUACGGAUAUCCAUUUUAAUCCAUUUAAUUUUAAAGGACGAAAGGGACUGAAAAGACGAAAAUAACGAAAAUUACAAAAAGGACGAAGGACGUAGAACAAAAAGGACGAAAAGAACAAAGGACGAAGGACAAAUUUUUCAGUUUUAGAAUUUUUCGAUUUUUCAAAUUUAAAACGAAGGACGAAAAGGACGAAGGACAAAGGACGAAAGGGACGAAAAUUACCAACAGGACGAAAAGGACGGAAAGGACGAAAAACGAAGGAGAAAGGACGAAAAACCAAAGAUUGAGGACGAGGAACUAAGGACGAAGGACGAAGGACUAAGGAAAAAAAAGUUGAAGGACGAAGUUUUCAGUUUUAGAAUUUUUUGAUUUCUCGAAUUUAAAACGAAAGACCAAUGACUAAGGGCUAAGGAUUAAGGAUGAAGGACAAAGGACGAAGGACAAAAGCCUAAGAACUAAGGACCGAAGAUUAAGGACAAGGGACUUAAAACGAAGGGCUAAGGACGAAGGACGAAUAGGACGAAAAGGAAGAAAAGGACGAACGACGUGGGACGAAAAGGACGAAGGACGAAAGACAAAGGAUGAAGGACAACGGACGAAGGACACAGGAUGAAGGACUAAGGAGCAAGGAUGAAAAGGACGAAGGACGAAUUUUUCAGUUUUAGAAUUUUUCAAUUUCUCAAAUUUAAUACGAAGAUCCAAGGACUAAGGACAAAGGACUAAGGACUAAGGACAAAGGACGAAAAGAACGAGAAGGACGAAAUGGACGAAAAGGACGAAGGACGAACGACGAAAAGGACGAAGGACGAAGGACGAAAAGGACGAAGGACUAAAAGGACGAAAAUUACGAAAAGGACCGAAAGGACGAAAAACGAAGGACAAAGGACGAAAGACGAGGGACUAAGGACGAGGGACGAAGGACGAGGAACUAAGGUCGAGGGAGUAAGGACGAAGAACGAAGGACGAAAGACGAAGGACGAAGGACGAAGGACUAAAGACGAAAAGGACGAAGGACGAAUUUUUCAGUUUUAGAAUUUUUUGUUUUCUCGAAUUUAAAACGAAAGACCAAGAACUAAGAACUAAGGAUUAAGGAUGAAGAACAAAAGACGAAAAGGACGUAAAGGACGAAAAGUACGUAAAGGACGAACAGGACAAAGGACGAAAGACAAAGGACGAAGGACGAAGACCAAGGACUAAGGACGAAAAGGACCGAGGACGAAUUUUUCACUUUUGGAAUUUAUCAAUUUUUCAAAUUUAAAACGAAGGACCAAGGACUAAAGACAAGGGACGAAGGACAAUGGACGAAAAGGACGAGAAGGACGAAAAAGACGAAAAGGACGAACGACGUGGGAGGAAAAGGACGAAAAGGACCAAGGACGAAUUUUUCAAUUUUGGAAUUUUUCGAUUCCUCAAAUUUAAAACGAAGGACCAAGGACUAAGGACGAAGGACGAAGGACGAAAAGGACGAAAAGAACGACAAAGACGAAAAGGAUGAAAAAGACGAAAAAGACGAAAAGGAUGAAAAGGACGAAGGACGAAGGACGAAUAACGAAAAGGACGAAGGACGAAGGCCGAAAAGGACGAAGGACGAAGGACGAAAAGGACGAAAAUUACAAAAAGGACGAAAAGGAAGAAAAGGACGGAGAGGACGAAAACCGUAGACAAACGACGAAGGACGAAGGACGAAGGAUUAAGGACGAGGGACUAAGGACUAAGGACGAAGGACGAAAGACAAAGGACAAAGGACUAAGGACGAAAAAGACGUAAAGGAUCAAAAGGGCGAAAAUGACGGAAAGUAUGAAAAAGACCAAAUGGACGAAAAGGACGAAAAGGACGAAAUAAACGAAGGACUUUUUCCGAAUCAUCGAUUUUUUGAGCUUUUCGAAUUCCAGUUUUGAAUAUUUCAGAUUUUUCAGUCUUUCAUUCUCUAAUUUUCUGACUUCAAUUCUCGAUUUUCAAUUUUUCAAUUUUUCGAUUCUCAAAAUUUUCGAUUUCUCGUGUUUUCAUGUUUCGAUUUCUCAAUUUACUGAUGUUUCAGUUUUAGGAUUUCUCAAUUUUUCGAUUCUCUACUUUCUAUUUGAUCUUCAAAUUUUUUGAUAUUUUAGUUUUAUGGUGUUUCAAUAUUUCGAAGCUUCAAAUUUGUCAUUUCUCGAUUUGACGUGCAUGGUUAUUAAAAAACGUUUAGAGUUACCUGCAGUUAAAUUAAGAUA